AUGAUGUACUUCGUAGACUAUAACCGUCCGUAUCGUCCGUCACUAAACUUCAGAAAUUUUUUUGGCAGACCAACAACAUUUUCGGAGUACGAGCUUCUGUUGUGCUACGGAAAAGGUGACUGCAAACAUCGCAGUACACAGUAUGCAUUAGAGUACGGUUACAGUCAUGGAUUCGUGCCAAUAAACAACUACUUUCCAAAGAUGCCUUGCCCUGGACCUACACCCUAUAAGUUUCAGACACUUUAUGCAAUCAAACCUGAUGAAAAGUCAAUCAUGUCUUACAUCGUUAACCGUGGACCUGUCAUACUGCACUUAUAUCUACCCGUACAACUACUAAAGAAUUACAUUGGUUCUGGAGUAAUAGGACCAUUCCCGGAAUGUAAAGAUAAAGUCUCAAAUCAUGCAAUGGUUGCUGUAGGUUUUGGGGAACAAUUCGGUAUGAAGUAUUGGCUUUUGAAAAACAGUUGGGGAAUUGAUUGGGGAGAUUAUGGUUACAUAAGAUGGCGACGUGGUAUUAAUGCUUGUAACAUUGAAGCCAAUCCAGUCGGCGGAUCAUUUGUUGUACACCCUUGGCAAGACCAAUUUUAA